AUGCGUUUUUCUACAAUCUUUGCCGUCGUCGCCUCGGCGGUCGCUGUCUCUGCGGCUGCGAUUCCACAGCCCAACGCCGUGGCUAUUCCAGUCGCGGGCGACAAGAUGGAACAGUUGAAGGAGAUUCUUGGCUCGAUCGUCGGGAACGGUAACGGAAAUGCAGGCACUGGCGAUGGAAAGCAAAAUGGAGCAGGGAAUGGGAAUGGAAACGGAAACAAGGGAACUGGCGACGGCGAAGGCAAUGGAGCCGGCAACGGAAACAAGGGUACCGGUGACGGUAAAGGCAAUGGAGCAGGCAACGGCUCGGGCUCAGGCAACUCCUUACCCAGCAAUUCGGAAAUGGCUCGAAACUCUGCCGGGAACGGCAACAACUUCGACUUUGGUGGCAUUUUGAACGGAGCUGGAUCAGUGAGUGAUUUGGUUGACGCCGCCACGACGAUCAAUGUAUUCUUCAUGUGA